AUGUCCCAGGACGGCACGAUCCACCGCCAACACAACGGGAAAACCUACACGUCCGUCCGCCAAUCCCUCCAGACGGUUUGGCGCGAGGAGGGGCUUCGGACGCUCUUUCGCGGGUGGCACAUCGCCGUCGCCGGCUCCGCGAUCGCGUGGGGGAUGUACAUGUCGAUCUACCGCCUGCUUUGCAAUCUGACCGAGUUCACCUCGUACGCGAGCCGGUUUAUGCUUUCCCUGCUCGCGAGCACGGUGUCGUGUGGGGUGAGUAAUCCGUUUUUUCUGAUGAAAUCGCGCAUGCAGUUGGCCGAGCUCGCGAAGGACAGCGCCUAUCGGCGCUUCGUCAGCGGCGUCCGGCACGUCCGGCGAACCUCCGGGGUCCUCGCCCUCUGGCGUGGGAUGUCGCUUCAGAUGAUGUUGUUGUUCCCCAACGCGCUGAAUUUGCCGACCUACGACUAUCUCAAGUCGUUAAUCCUGCGGUACCGCGUGGAGGAUGCGGCGGGCUUGCCGGAGCUGAGCAAUGGCGAGAUCGCGCUCUGUUCCGUCAUCACGAAAGUCUUCAUUUUGCUUCUUUCGCAUCCGAUGAUGACGGUGCGCGUUCGCCUGCAGGACCAUCGCUCGCGAAUCGGCGCGCCGCACUACCUCAACCCCCCGCAGGCCCUCGUGACCGUUCUUAGGCUGCAGGGUAUCCGCGGCUUAUACCGCGGCUUCUACGCCUCGAUUAUCUAUACCCUGCCGCGUUCGAUGAUGUAUUACAUCAUCUACGAAAAGACUCUGGGCCUGCUGUGA